UUUCUUCCAUGACGAUGGGCUCUAGUCAUUCUGAUCUUCCGGGAGACCAGGUUGUCCUGAAGAAGUGACAGUCACCUCUCUGUUUCUCAAGAACUCUGCUCUGAAGAUAACCCCUUCUCCUCCCACCUCUUUCAAUUCUCUGUCUUCAGACAGAUUUCAAGCUCAGAGGAGUCCCAUAAACUCUAGUGGAGUGCAUUUCUCAGACACUAGAAAUUUCUGACUGCUUCAUCCCUGCCUCUUGAUCCAAUAUCGCAGCAUUUCCAGGAAAGCCAUGGCCUCAGCUACAUUUAUCAAGAAGUUGAGGGUGGAAGCUACCUGCCCCAUCUGCCUGAAGCUGAUGACUGAGCCUGUGAGCAUUGACUGUGGGCACAGCUACUGCUGUGUAUGCAUAAAGGUUCUUACUCAGAAUCAAAGCUCUGAAACAUCAUCUCCGGGAACAUUUAAUUGUCCCAAGUGUCGGAAACCUUUUCAAAGUGGUAGUCUCCGGCCCAACAAGCAGCUGAAAGGUAUUAUCGAAAUCUUUAAGGAAAUGAAUCAGAACAUGUGUAAUGAACACGGAGAGCAGUUCCAUCUGUUCUGUGAAAAUGAUGGUCAGCUCAUCUGCUGGUGCUGUGAGCGGUCACCACAGCACAAAGGACACGGCACUGCUCCUGUUGAAGUUGCAUGCCAAGUUUACAGGGAAAAGCUCCAGAGAGCAGUCACAAAACUGAAAAGCACAGAAUCUAAAUAUAUGCAGCUGAAGCUAGAUACAACUCGGAAAAUAAGUAGUUGGGAGGAGAAAAUAAAGCAUGAGAAAGAAAGAAUCAAUUCUGAAUUUAAACAACUUCACAGUUUCAUGCACCUGGCAGAGGAGUAUUAUAUGCAUAGUCUAGAGAAAGAAAAAGAACAGAAGCUCAUCAGACUGAAGAACAAUGUAGCCCAUCUGGACAACAAAGUAGAAGAACUCAAGAACAACAUCCUGGAACUGGACAAGAAAUGUCAGGACUCAGCGCAGACUUUGCUGCAGGGUAUAAAAGACACCCUGAGCAGGGUCUCAGCUAUCAAUCUAGAAACACCAGAGGAUGUUUCUUUGGAACUGCAUACUGUGCGCAGUGUCUCUGAGCUUCACUUAAGUGUGAGAAAAAUUUUUAAGCGCCACCAAGUCAAUGUGUCUUCAGAUCCAGAUACUAUUAAUCAAAAGAUAUUCAUUGGUGAUCCUGUCCGCCCCUGCAACAUCCUCCAGCACCACACCCAGUCUGCAACCUGUCCCAGACCACAACGCACUGAAGAUAGAAGUUAUUCACAGACACAUGCAGAGAACCAAAUCAAACACCUGGAAGUUAAACAACUCAAUGUUGAACAACGAGUGGGUCAGGAAGGAAGUCAAGGAAGAAAUGAAAAAAUAUCUGGAAACCAAUGAGAAUGAAGACACGAGCUACCCGAACCUUCAGGACGCAGCUAAAGCUGUGAUAAGGGGAAAAUUUAUAGAUCUGCAAGCAUUCAUCAGGAAGAAAGAAAGGGCCCACAUAAAUAACAUAACUUCACAGCUCAAGAUCUUAGGAAAGAACCAGCAAAAGGAGCCCAAACAAGGCAGAAGGAAAGAAAGAACAAUAGCGGAAAUUAAUGACACGGAAACACACACACAAAAAAAAAACCAAUCCGAAAGAUCAAUGAAACCAAGAGCUGGUUCUUUGAGAAAAUUAACAAGAUUGAUAAACCACUAGCAAGACUCACAAAGAAAGAGAGAGAGAGAGAACCCUAAUAAGCCGAAUCAGAAAUGAAAGUGGGGACAUCACAACAGAAAGCAAAAAAAUGCAAAAGAUCAUCAGAGUCUACUUUGAAAGUCUGUGUGCCAGGAAACAAGAGAACCUAGAAGAAAUUGGAUAAAUUCCUGGAUUCCUAUAAUCUCUCAAAUUUGAACCAAGAAGAUAUAUUCAGGAAUACCUGAAUAUAUCUAUAAAUAGCAAAAAAAUUGAAACUGUAAUAAAAAGUAUUCCCCAAAACAAAAGCCCAGGUCCAGUUGGAUUCACUAGCAAAUUUUUACAAACAUUUAAAAAGGACCUAUUGCAAGUUCUUCUCAAGCUUUUCCAGGAAAUUGAAGAAACAGAAACUCUUUGAUGCAGUUUCUAAGAGGCACAUAUAUCCUUAAUACCAAAAGAAACCAAAAGAAACAAAGACACCACAAAAAGAGAAAACUACAGAAAGAUAUUCCUGAUGAACACGGAUGCAAAGAUCCUUAACAAAAUAUUAGCAAAUAGAAUCCAACAACUCAUCAAACAGUUCGUAAAACAUGACCAAGUGGAAUUCACCCCAGGGAUGCAAAGAUGGUUUAAUAUUCGGAAAUCAAUCAACAUAAUACAUCAUAUCAAGAAAAGAAAAGAUAAAACCAUUUGAUCAUAUCAAUAGAUGUAGAAAAAGCAUUUGACAAGAUUCAGCCCAGUUUAUGAUGAAAUCUCUCACCAAAAUGGGUUGUGAAGGUUCUUUCCUCAAUAUAGUCACAGCCAUCUACCAUAAACAUACCACAAGUAUUAUCCUCAAUGGGGAAAAACGAAGAGACUUCCCUCUAAGAUCAGGGACAAGACAAGGAUGCCCACUCUCACCACCUCUGUUAAAUAUAGUACUAGAAGUACUAGCAAUAGCGAUUAGGCAAUAAAAAUAUAUUAAGGGUAUCAGAUAGAAAAGGAAGAAAUCAAGCGCUCACUAUUCGCAGAUGAUAUGACAUUAUGACCCUUAAAGCCUCUACCUAGAAACUCCUAGAAACAACAGACUUUCAUAGUAAAGUCACAGGCUAUAAAAUCAAUAUACAAAAGUUCAUGGCUUUCUUAUAUGCAAACAAUGAGAGAGAGAUGAAUGUGAUAUGAAAAAAGCAAUUUCGUUUACAAUUAUGCCUCAGAAAAUCAAGUAACUCGAGAUCUGCUUAACUAAAAAUGUAAAGGACCUGUACAAAGAAAACUACAAAAUGCUACUUCAUGAAAUAAAAGAGGACACAAGAAAAUGGAAACAUAUCCCCUGCUCAUAGAUUGGGAAGAAUUAACAUUGCCAAAAUGGCAGUAGGCCCCAAAGCAUUAUGUAGAUUCAAUGAGAUCCCUAUAAGGAUACCCAUGAAAUUCUUCAAAUAAAUGGAUGUAACACUCCUGAAGUUCAUAUGGAACAACAAAUCCCCAUGAAUAACUAAAGCAAUUCUUGGGAAAAAGAAGAUGGGAGGUAUCACCUUCACCAACCUCAAAAUCUACUACAAAGUGGUAAUAAUUAAAACAACAUGGUACUGGAACAAAGGCAGAGUCGCAGACCAAUGAAACAGGGUUGAAUAUCCUUACACACACCCUCAAAUAUAUGAUCAUAUAAUCUUUGAUAAUGGAGCAAGAAAUGUGAAGUGGAACAUGGAAAACCUCUUUAACAAAUGGUGCUGGCAAAACUGGACAGCUACAUGCAAAAAAACUGGGCUAAAACUCUAUAUAACACCGUACACAAAAGUCAGAUAAAAAUGGAUUAAAGACCACAACAUCAGACAAGAUUCCAUCAGGUACACUGAAGACAAGGUUGGCAAAA